AACCAAUUUUCAGGAAACGUAAUGAUCCGGUUACUGGCGUUACUGUCCGAGGAAAUUGGCCUACUGACACAUUUACUUAUGUACUGUAAGAAAAAUAUCUGAAUAAUUUUGUUUAUUUGCCUACAUCUUGAAAACAAAACAAGAACAUCGUUUCAUGUGCGCUGCUUUCCAGGACAGACAUAUGCGCACUGUCUUGAAGCAAUAGGUGGAGUUGGUGGAUUAGAAGAGGCUGACAUGGAUAUAGGGAGACAGAUCCUGGCAAAGAUGCGGAAAAAGAGAAAGAGUGACCACACAGGGCCGUCUAGUCCAAAAGGCUUAGAAGUCCACUUUUACACUCAAGCCACUCAGCCACUGGUAAAAUCCAAAGGGUGCUAUACUGUGGAGGAUUUGUGCACUGAGUGUGCCAAACUGUUUGGAAUCUCUCCACUCUGUCACAGUUUGUAUGCCCUGUAUGACGAGGAAAGAGCAAUAUGGUACCCUCCAAAUCACUCCUUCAAAGCAGACGGAGCCUGUAUAAAGCUCUACUAUCGCAUGAGGUUCUACUUUACCAACUGGCACGGCACCCAGAAGAUUAAGAAACCCAUGAUUAGGCACACUUUGAAGCGGGUGGGACCUGAAGGCACCUCCAUUCUGGAUGAGACCUCAUUGGCGUACCUCUUUGCACAGGGCCAGUAUGACUUUGUCCAUGGCUUGGCCCCAGUACGUCUUGCUCAGGACGAGGGGGAGUCCCAUGAUAUUGAGAAUGAGUGUCUGGGGAUGGCUGUGUUGUCCAUCUCACAUGAUUCUGCAGACAAAGAGCACCUUGAUUCAGGCUCCACAGUAAGGAAGAUAAGCUACAAGAGACACAUUCCUGAGUCCCUGAAACAGUCCAUCUAUCAGCGUAACUUCCUUGUCCGGCUUCGCAUAGCGAAUGUCUUCAAGAGGUUCCUCAACGAGUUCAACCAGAAAACGGUAAUGGAGAGAUCUGUGAGCCCACUGGACCUAAAGCUGAAGUACAUCGCCACUCUAGAAACGCUGACGGAUGGCUUUGGCUGUGAGAUCUUCGAGCCGGCCUCUCUCCGGACCUUGGACGCCGAUGGCCUCGACCAGAGUCCGGUUCCCAAGCAGCCAGCCUGCCACCAGGUGCUGGUUUCGGGGACAGCCGGCAUCCAGUGGCGCCUGAAGCCGUCAGAGAGAGAAUUGCCUCCGAAGGAGAAAGCCAGUUCCAAGAAGACCAAGAGGGACAGUUGCCUGAAAAAAGACAAGACAAAAGACUGUCAGGACUGGAUAACUUUCUCCGACUUUUAUGAGAUCACACAUAUUAUCGUCAAAGAGUCAUUGGUCACAAUUCACAAACGGGACAACACACAGAUGGAGCUGGACCUGGAGAAGCAGGAGAAGGCUUUCUCUUUCAUUACCUUGGUGGACGGCUACUUCCGGCUGACAGCAGACGCACAUCACUUCCUAUGCAGAGAGGUCGCCCCACCCUCCGUGAAGCUGAACAUACUCGAGGGAUGUCACGGGCCAAUCAGCACGGACUACGCUAUUCACAAACUUUGCGAGGAAGGCAAUGACGAGGGUCUCUACUUGCUUCGCCGGAGUAGCACCGAUUAUGAGCACAUCCUCCUGACUGUUGUGUGCAAUGAGAUGAACUCAGUGAAGACCAAAAGCUACAAGCACUUCCAGAUAGUGAAAGAGGGCGACGGCUACCUGCUGUGCGGCACGGAGGUGAGUCAGCCAGGCCUCAGGGAGCUGAUGGAGCUGCUGGAGGGGCAGCAGUUGCGCUCGGACAACACUACGCUACAGCUGACCAGGGGUUUUCCACCCCAGCCCAAAGAGAUUUCCAACUUGCUAGUUGCAACAAGGGAAGAAAUCCAAAAUCUUCCACCAACUCACCUAGUCUUCCACAGAAUUCUGAAAGAGGACGUAGUUGAGGGGGAGCACCUGGGGCGUGGCACCCGGACCAACAUCUACGCCGGCAAGCUGAGGCUGCGUGACGAAGCCGAUUACCUGGACUUUGCCAAUGACCACCAGGAAGUGAAGGUGGUGCUGAAGGUUCUAAGUGCUGGACAGAGGGACAUGUCUGACUUCUUGGAAACUGUUAGCGUGAUGCGUCUGGUUUCACACAAGCACAUGUCUCUGCUGUAUGGGAUCUGCGUGCGCAACCAAGACAUCAUAAUGGUAGAGGAGCGUCUCCAGCAUGGACCCCUUGACCUGUUCAUGCAGGCCCAUGGCUCCAGCCUCAGCCCAACCUGGAAGUUUCAAGUGGCCAAGCAACUGGCUAGUGUCCUGAGCUACCUGGAGGACAAAAGGCUCGUUCAUGGGUUUGUGUGUGCCAAGAACAUCCUGUUGGCCAGGGAUGGCCUGGACGGAAAUGCCCCUUUCAUGAAGCUCAGCCACCCGGGAAUCCCCAGCACAGCUCUCUCCAGAGAAGAGCGCCUGGACCGUAUUCCAUGGAUAGCGCCCGAGUACAUGGAGAACCACAAGGUAGUGAGCAUUGCAGCUGACAAGUGGGGGUUCGGCGUAACUCUGUGGGAAAUUUGCCACAAUGGAGAGCGCCCCCUUAAGGAUAAGAAGCGCAUUGAGAAAGAGCGCUUCUACACAGCUAAGGGAAAACUGGUGAGCAAGCAGGUCAGUCAGUUGGCCAGCCUCAUGACCGAGUGCAUGAACUAUGACCCCAGGCAGAGACCAUUCCUCAGGGCCGUUCUCCAGAGGCUGGUGAGGAUUGAGGAGGAAGAUCCUGCAAUUGACUCAAGUGGAAUGCCAAAUGUGGACCUUGAUCCGAAUGUGUUUGAGAAGAGGUUCCUAAAGAGAAUCAGACCACUGGGAGAGGGUCACUUUGGCAAGGUGGAGCUGUGCCUGUAUGACUCACGUGGUGACCGUACAGGGGAGCUGGUCGCGGUGAAGUCCCUAAAGUCCGAGAGCUCGGGGGUGGAGACCAGCAACCUCUUGCGGGAGAUCAACACCAUGCGUGAGCUCCUCCACGAAAACAUCGUCAAGUAUAAAGGAGUGAGCGCCGAGGAAGGAGGAACGACCUUCAAGCUCAUCAUGGAAUACCUGCCAAUGGGCAGCCUGAAAGAGUAUUUGCCACACAACAAACCUAAGAUUGACCACAAUAAACUGCUUCUCUAUGCCAAACAGAUAUGUGAGGGAAUGGAAUACUUGGGAUCCCAAAACUACAUUCACAGGGAUCUGGCAGCCCGAAAUGUGUUGGUGGAAAGUGAAAAUCUGGUGAAGAUUGGAGACUUUGGCCUGACCAAGAGCAUCAAAGACAAUGAGGGUUACUAUAGAGUCAAAGAGGAACAGGAGAGCCCAGUCUUUUGGUAUGCCCCAGAGUGCCUUGUGCAUUUAAAGUUUUACCGUGCAUCUGACGUGUGGUCCUUUGGUGUGACUCUCUAUGAGAUCAUGACCUACUGUGACACCAAGAAGAGCCCUCCUGCAAUGUUCUCAGAUAUGAUUGGUCGAAGCCAAGGUCAGAUGACUGUCACUAGACUGGUCUCUGCCCUAGAGGCGGGGAGGAGGUUACCAUGCCCGACUGGCUGCCCAGAAAAGAUCUAUAUCCUGAUGAAGAGCUGCUGGGAGCACUCACCAGACCACCGCAUUGACUUCCAAGGCCUCAUCAGCGAGUUUCAAAAACUUGAGACUAGUGCUCUCAACCCAUCAGACCCAGGAGACAACAGCGUCUGACAAUGAUCACAACUCACCAGCCUGGAGUAAUACUCACAGUAGUCACUAGUCAUUAGGACAAAACCAGCAUAUACUGUUCACAUUUUUUUAGAUAAACAUUAUUCACAAUGGAAAACUAACAAUAUCUAAUUUUUACAUUAUAUGUUUGUACGUUUGUUUGUGAUGUUACGCGUAUAUUUUACAUUACAUGUUCCCCCUAGCCUGGCGUAGCCAGACUUGAAUUUUGUUCAACCUCAAUUGCUGUUUAUUUGUUCAUUUUUUUAAUUUAUUGUGCUGUCAUUUUCUUGUACAACAGACACAAUAGCAAAAUUCAAACAUCUUGCUUGCAAAACAGCCUUUUUGUAGUAAACAAAGGGUGCGUUCGUAAACUGCCACUCCGAUCGCUCCGAGCACUCUUAACCGUUCGUAAAUUCGAAUUAUCGUGUCUUUAAUCAGAGCCUCACACUCUCGGAGCGUCCAGAGUGUGUCAGAUUGAAUUUACGAACAUACCCAAAAUGAACUCAAGCACGCUCGGGUGAUGUGAAUGACCUGGCACUGUUGCUCUUCUGGCCAUCCUUGUAUGUAGCCCCACCCAAAUGAUUUGAUUGUCCCCCAUAUAUAUAUAUAUAU